GCAGCACCCUGGCAGGAGGCAGCACAGCCCUCCUCUGAACAGACCUUAAAGGUGCUUUGUGCGUGCCUUCAUCUGUAUGACUGCAGCAAGAGGGAGCUGGGAUGAUGAAGGUCCAUCACAUACUCCUCCUUAUCUCUCUGGGCUGGCCCUGUGCUACGAACACGAGACUCGCCUUGUUGAGGACUUGUUCAGGGACUACAACAAGGUGGUGCGCCCAGUGGAGGACCAUCGGGACGCCGUCGUCGUCACCGUCGGGCUGCAGCUCAUCCAGCUGAUUAGCGUGGAUGAAGUAAAUCAGAUUGUGACAACCAAUGUACGCCUGAAACAGCAAUGGAUAGACGUCAACCUCAAGUGGAAUCCAGACGACUACGGUGGCGUGAAAAAAAUCCGCAUCCCUUCGGAUGAUAUCUGGAGGCCAGACCUUGUUCUUUACAACAACGCAGAUGGUGAUUUUGCCAUUGUAAAAUACACCAAAGUCCUUCUGGAGCACACAGGUCUGAUCACCUGGACACCACCAGCUAUUUUUAAGAGUUACUGUGAAAUUAUAGUCACGCACUUCCCAUUUGACGAGCAGAACUGCAGUAUGAAGUUGGGAACUUGGACAUAUGAUGGGACAAUGGUUGUUAUUAACCCGGAGAGUGAUCGUCCAGAUCUGAGUAAUUUCAUGGAGAGUGGGGAGUGGGUGAUGAAGGAUUACCGUGGCUGGAAGCACUGGGUUUACUAUGCUUGCUGUCCUGAUACCCCUUACCUGGACAUCACCUACCACUUCCUCAUGCAACGCCUGCCUCUCUACUUCAUCGUGAAUGUCAUCAUCCCCUGCCUGCUCUUCUCCUUUUUAACAGGGUUAGUUUUUUACCUACCCACAGAUUCAGGUGAGAAAAUGACUCUCAGCAUCUCUGUCCUGCUGUCUUUGACUGUGUUCCUUCUGGUCAUUGUGGAGUUGAUCCCUUCCACCUCCAGUGCAGUGCCUCUGAUAGGCAAAUACAUGUUGUUUACAAUGGUGUUUGUCAUCGCUUCAAUCAUCAUCACGGUCAUUGUCAUCAACACCCACCACCGCUCCCCAAGCACUCACACCAUGCCACGCUGGGUCAGGAAGAUCUUUAUUGACACAAUCCCAAACAUCAUGUUUUUCUCUACAAUGAAACGACCAUCCAGGGAUAAACAAGACAGAAAUAUUUUUGCAGAAGAUAUUGAUAUUUCUGACAUUUCUGGGAAGUCAGGCUCUGUGCCUGUCAACUUCUACUCCCCGCUUACCAAAAAUCCAGAUGUGAAAAAUGCUAUAGAGGGAAUCAAAUACAUUGCGGAAACGAUGAAAUCGGACCAAGAAGCCAGUAAUGCUGCAGAAGAAUGGAAGUUUGUUGCGAUGGUGCUUGAUCAUCUUCUCCUUGGCAUAUUUAUGCUGGUUUGUUUUAUAGGAACAUUAGCUGUAUUUGCUGGUCGACUCAUUGAAUUAAAUCAGCAAGGAUGAAUGUGAGCUGGAAACUAUUUGUUACUCUGAACAUCUGAAUGCAUCAUAACUAUCAAAAUCUGGGCAGCCUCUGAAAGUUUCACUGCUGGGAAAGAGCAGGGACAAUAAAACGUAAGGCUCCAUACUUAGCACUUUUGAGCUGCUGCUCAGUGGUAUUUCAUUGCCAAAAAGAAACACUUAUAUCACUGGUAAACUUGAAUGGCUGUCAGCCAGGUUUUGAUCCAUUUUACCAUUUAUUAAAAAUGUUAAUGUAUUAAUAAGACUGUCUGACUUUGUAAGCAACAGAUACAAUUCCAGUGAAGUCAAUAGCAGUGUAAUAAGCUUUAGCUGAGCUGCAAAUCUGUAUCCAACUUUAGCAUUCAAGCUGGUUUCAUUAUCUGCUCUGUGGUUUUUGUAUUGGCAGGGUCACAAAUUACUCCUCUCAUAACACUACAGGAAGGUGUGGAUCUUAGCUGUACUUAUAUACGACAAAAAUGACAGGACACUUCUUCCGAGCAACACAAAUAAUUACCCAAACUUUAUUCAAAAGUUGAGCAGCAGCUCACUCUGGUGGCUAAAGCAAAGUAGUGCUGCUUUUGGCCAAAGACAGCUGGGGUUAGUAAGCAAGAAGCCUCUGUGUAUUUCAAUAAUACGAUGUGGCAAUACUAGCAGUGCUGCCUAUUUUCCUCAAAAAUAAAUAGAGGUGGGGCAACUGCGACAAGUUACUCAUCAUUCCCAGCUGGUUGUCCAAGCCAAGAGGACUACUUUGCUAACAGCUGUAAAUAAUUUGCUGUGAGUUUAAUAAAUUAAUUUGUAUUAUAUUAAUGCUCUACAGGAAUGUGUCAUGCCUGUAGAGAACAGGCAUUUGAAACACUGUAGGGAAAAUUAGGCACUUGUGCAACUCCCAUCAUUGCGUAGUGUUUGCUGGAAAAUGUUUUGGAGAGAUGCAGUCCUAAGAAAACAGUUUGUCUGAGGCAACUGAUCACUUGUAGCACUCUGCUCAGCUCUUCUGGUUUAAAGGAUGGUAAUCUUUGCCUCCCUGGAUGAUCAUUAACCCUGUAAAAGAUUGCCGAAGAUGUAUGCUGGGUGAAACCUCUGCUGACAGAGGGAGUGUUUGCUGCAGCUCGGGUUAUCUUCAGUGUGACUUCCCAGCUCUCAGCCCUCGUGGGGAGUCACGUAGGUCCCUGCUCACGAUGAGCUAAGCUGCAGCACAAUGGUGCCUGGAAUUUAAUUUGGGAGCCUGUGAGUGGCACUAAAAUUGACAGAACAAUCCUCUUAGAGCAGCAUGUGGUUGAAUCUUAGCAUUAAAAAUAAGCAUCAAGUAAUAAGAUUCAUGGUGAGCAUCCACAGUAUCUUUAUUCAGCUUCCCCAAGUCAGAUCUGGGUCUUGGCCUCCCGAUUCCCCUUAUGUGUGUGCCAGGAUGCGUGCAUGCACACGUGUACCUGCCUGCUUGCUUCUCCAGCUCUCUUCAUACACAGUUAUCUAUCAAUGUUUUCCUUCCACUUCCUCAGAAAACAUUUUGAAAUUAUUUAUUCAAAAAUUUUCAUUUUUGAUGGCUUGAUUUGUCUUAUAGGCAUAGCAAAUCUUCUGCCUUCCUAUCACUCUGAGUCUUGAUGAACUACUUGUGUCUCAAAAGAUGUGACACCAGGCAAAAAUAAAUGUUAAUAACUUCUUUUCUUAGGUUGCAGAUUCUGGGCAUUGUACUCUGACUCUCCAAACAGAAGGUUCUCCAAGCAUCAAUAAGCACGCUUUUUCUUUUUCUUUUUUUUUUGCUUUGCUUUGAAUACUCAGACUGUACCAGCCUCUAUUUUGUUCCUAAAUCAUCUUUGUGAUACAUUUCUCUUGCAAACCACUUGCUUACCGCUAACAUCCUCUGUUACGAGUAUCCAUCUACUGAAAGAGUACCCUUAUCUACAUGCAGACUAUUUCUUCUCAACUACUACUGUCCUUUUAACAUGUCAGGACCCGCUAAAAUAGUAGCUUUGGAUGUUUUAAAUGUUCUGUUAUGGUCACAAAUAAUUUGCUGUCAAUGCAUAAGUAUAUGUUGUCUAAUGA